AUGGAAGAAGUAAAUGUUAUCAACAAUAUACAAAGUCUUUAUUUUUUACAAAGUGAGGGUACUAAAAUUAUUACUAAUGGUACCAAUUCACAUAUACUUAUUUAUGCAUCAAUUUAUGGUAUAUCUGAAUAUAAAACUAAAAAAUUAUUUGAAGCUUAUGGUAUAUUUUCAAGUAAAAGUUCCUUACCUAAUGAUGGAAGAAAUAUGUCUUAUCGUGUUCGUAUUGAGACAACUGCAUUAACAAUUCGUGGCUUAAAAUAUCAAGACUUUCAAAAAAUCACCCUUUAUAAUUCAAGCUAUAGAAAUUGCAUAGAAAGUAAAGAAGGUAAUAAAUCUAUUAUUCAAUUUAUUGAAGCUUUACCAAGAUAUUUUAAUCUGAUUAAUCCUCUGAAAAAUGUGACAGUACAGUAUAUAGAAUAUUUCAAUUUUCCAUAG